AUGCACGGCGUUCAGGAUGCUGCAUGGUGCGAGGAGUGGGAGGAGAUGGAGGUAGAGGCGGAGGAAUGGAACCCAGCAUGGAAGCAGGAGGAGGAAAGCUGGGAGGAGUCCCGCGAGGACUCGUGGACCGAGGAUGGUGGCUGGAACAGCUCCAAUUGGGGCGGCGGUGGCAGCCACGACGACGGCUCGUGGAAGACGUGGCCGAAGAAGGAGGAGCAGUUCGGCUACCGCGGCGGCUACCAUGGGCACGAGGACUCGCGAUCCACUUCCUCGAGCUCGUCGAAGAAGGGCAGCUAUGUUAAAGGCGGAUGGAUCUCGGCCGAUGGCCGCUUUUACCCGAAACUUGGGAAGGGCUCCGGACGUGACCGAGUGCGAAUCCGUGCCGGGCAGAAGGAGCAGCAGAAGCGAAACUCCAUGAUGAGAACCCACUUGAGCCAGUUGGGUCAGGCCCUUGACACGAUGGGGAGGAUGACCAAGAUGUUGGAGAGCCAGCAGAAGAGCCGCCGCUACUAG